UCCAUGGCACUGUCCAGAGGGUGGGAGAUCCAAAACUCUGCUGGGUGUCUUGCCAAGCCAGCAGCUGCCUUUGGGAAGCCUCGGAUUCCAGGCGGUGCUGGUUGGUGUGGUUCUGGGCGUGGGUGAGGUUUCAGGGAGGAGAAGCCAGUGAGACCCCAAAAUGUAGGCAGAGGUGCUGGCAACAGCCUUGCCGUGCGGCUCCCGGGCCAGCACUGCCGGUGAGCGUGGAGGUGCCGAAGCCCCCGCAGCUGAGCUCAUUGCCGGAGCCGGUUGGCGUUGGGGCUGAGGUGGCUGUGGUGACUCAGCAGCACCGGCGCUGACUCAGCAGCACCAGCCCCCGGGGAGGCAGCUGGGAUGGGGGGGAGCUUUACAUUUUGGGGGAGAAAAAGGGUUUUUUUGUUUUGUACAGCAUGCUGCAAAAUGGUUUUGCCAGUGCCGAGCCGGUGUCCGUGCUCCUGGCAUGCGCUUUCCACCCUGUGCUCCUUCCUUGCACCUUCGGAAAGGGAUUUCAUCCAGAGGGGUCGUGUCUCCCACCUGCUGCGAGAUGCUUUUCCCCAUGGGAGACGGGUUGUGGCGGUGAAACCAGCUCCGGGUUUGGCAGAGCCAGCGUUUUCCCUGCUUCCAGACGGGGCAAGGCUGGGCUCCCACUCAUCUCCCGGCUCCUGCCCGCCGGCCUUCGCGCUGCCAACUUGUCUGUGCUUGUUGGGUGAGAGGGCGGCGGCACGCACGGUUCUCCUCCUCCUCUGCCUAAAGGUCGGGCUGUGCGGUGCGGCGGCGGCAUCAGCGUGAGGACCCCCAGGUCCUGGGGUGGGGGGACAGCGCAGCAUCCCCCAGAAAGGUUCGGCGGGCGACCCGGUUGAUGGACCCAGCAGAAGCCAAAUGGAAGAAGGGCCAAUUAAUUAUGUUGAAGAAAGGCGGCUGAAUGAGGGCAGCGGGCUCAGCCUGGCGAAUGGGGGCCGGGCGGAGGCAGGGGGCACCGCGCUGAUGGAGCAGAGCCGCUGGUCGCCAGACCACCCACCCGCCGCCAGUAAAGCCCAUUUGGAAGACGUCAGGAACCUGGUGGCCUUCUCAGCGGUGGCCGAAGCCAUUUCCUCCUACCGGCUACCGCCCUCGGGUUCACCGUCACUGCUGUACGAGAAGUUUGACUCGGAGAUGAGCCGGGGCGGGCUGGAUGCAACGGACAGCGUGCCGCGGGGAGAGGACCUGCACGCCCUCAAGGCUGCCCUGGCUUUGGCCAAGCACGGCGUGAAGCCGCCUAACUGUAACUGCGAUGGCCCCGAGUGCCCCGACUACCUGGAAUGGCUGGAACAGAAGAUCAAGACAGCUCUCGGUGAAGAGCCAGCAUCACCACGGCCCCGUGCCACUGCCACCAACCCCCCGCCACCCCCCCAGGAAGGUGCUAUUGACCCCCAGCCGGUGCCUGAGGCCGUCGAACCGUGCCCGCCCGACGGCCUCCCCUUUUCCCAAAGCGCAUUGACCAUCGCCAAGGAGAAGAACAUCAGCCUGCAGACCGCCAUCGCCAUUGAGGCCCUGACACAGCUCUCAGCUGCCCUUCCCCAGCCGCCGCCGCCCCCGCCGCCCCCACCGCCCCCCGCCACCCCAUUCGGCCCUGGCCUCCUCGCUGCACCGGGGGCCACCUGGCAGCGGGGGGACGAGCCCCGUUAUCCACCAGAGCCAGGAGCAGCACCAGAGCCAUUCUUCGGGACUGCGCCUCCCCGAGGGGGCUUUGCAGCUGCAUGGGGGCUGGAGGCCGAGGGGGCAGCGGGGGCCGGGGACCCCAUGGCAGAGCUGGAGCAGCUGCUGGGAAACGCUGACGACUACAUCCGAGCAGCUUUCAAAAGACCCGAAGCGACGGCCGGCAAAGCGACUACACCUAAAAUGGAGCCCCCUGAACGAACACCCAGCAAGGAUGUGCCGGGCAGCCCCCGUUUGCCGCCAGCACCACCGGAGCCCAACCUGCACAAGAAGACGCAGCUGGUCCUGCAGCAGCAUCUCCACCACAAGCGCAGUCUCUUCCUGGAGCAGAGCCUGGCAGCAGCACCCCAGGACCGACCGAGCGGCUGGUGGGCUCCCAGCGCCCCGGCCGGGCCUCCCAAGCCCUUCGAAAAGCAGCCCAAAGAGAAGAAGAAGAAAACACCACCUGAAAAGCCCCCUCUGGCCAAACCAUUCCGUAAGCAAGUGCAGAUCAAGAAAGCGAAGCAGAAGGACUCGCAGCCGCUCUUCCUGCCCCUCUGGCAGAUCAGUCUGGAGGGGUUUCGGGCGCCCGCCGAACCUCCAACCGAAGAGAUGCAAACCGACCCGCCGCCACCCCAGGCUCUUGCACUACCCCUGCCCGCCGCCCCCCAUCCACCGCCGAACGCCCUCGACGGCAGCCCCCCGGUUCCCGACUCUCAGGAAAGGGGUGCCCCCGGCGGGGGCCCCCAAAUUCAUCCGGUGCCGGUGGGCUCGACCAGCUCAGAGGAAGCACUGGCCGCCCUGCCGCCGGCUGCCCAGACUCCCAUUGCGGUGGAUGACAAACUGGAAGAGCUCAUCCGGCAAUUCGAAGCUGAAUUUGGGGAGAAUUUCAACCUGCAGCCCCCGGAGACAACUGCCCUGCUCGCCCCUGGGGCUGCUGAGCCGCAAGGGGGGGCGACACCAGCCCCGCAAGUGCCCCCCGCCACCGCCGCCACCGCCGCCCCGGCUUCAAGCAGCGUUGCUCCAGCUGCACCCAAAAGCUUUUCAUUCUCGCCAGGGAAGGGACCACUUUCGGAGCCUCCCUUCACCGCCCGCUCCCCCAAACAGAUCAAAAUCGAGUCUUCUGGUGCUAUCACCGUGGUGUCAACCACGUGCUUUUACUCUGAAGAAAGCCAAAACCCGGACGCGGAUGACGCUGACGGGACACCCACUAAGGACGAGGUGCCGCUGACACCCACCUUGAGCGGCUUCUUGGAGUCCCCACUGAAAUACCUGGACACGCCAACCAAAAGCCUCCUGGACACCCCAGCCAAGCGGGCACAAGCGGAGUUCCCCACCUGCGACUGCGUCGAGCAAAUUGUGGAGAAGGACGAGGGGCCGUAUUACACCCACCUCGGCUCCGGGCCCACCGUGGCGUCCAUCAGGGAGCUCAUGGAGGAGCGGUAUGGCGAGAAAGGCAAAGCCAUCCGCAUCGAAAAGGUCAUCUACACAGGGAAGGAGGGGAAGAGCUCCCGGGGCUGCCCCAUCGCCAAGUGGGUAAUCCGGAGACACAACCAAGAGGAGAAGCUGCUGUGCCUGGUGCGGCACCGGGCCGGCCACCACUGCCAAAACGCCGUCAUCAUCAUCCUGAUCCUGGCGUGGGAGGGCAUUCCGCGCACGCUGGGCGACACGCUGUACCAGGAGCUCACCGACACCCUCACCAAGUACGGCAACCCCACCAGCCGCCGCUGCGGCUUGAACGACGAUCGGACCUGCGCGUGCCAAGGCAAGGAUCCCAACACCUGCGGUGCUUCCUUCUCCUUCGGCUGCUCUUGGAGCAUGUACUUUAAUGGCUGCAAAUACGCCCGGAGCAAAACUCCCCGCAAGUUCAGGCUGGUGGGGGACAAUCCCAAAGAGGAAGAGCUGCUCCGGAAAAGCUUUCAGGACUUGGCCACCGAGGUUGCUCCGCUUUACAAGAGGCUGGCGCCACAAGCCUACCAAAACCAGGUCACCAACGAGGACGUGGCGAUAGACUGCCGGCUGGGCUUGAAGGAGGGGAGGCCGUUCUCGGGAGUGACAGCGUGCAUGGACUUCUGCGCUCAUGCUCACAAAGAUCAGCAUAACCUCUACAAUGGCUGCACGGUGGUCUGCACGCUGACAAAGGAAGACAAUCGUGUGGUGGGGAAGAUCCCUGAAGAUGAGCAACUGCACGUCCUCCCCCUCUACAAGAUGUCCAGCACGGAUGAGUUUGGCAGCGAGGAGAACCAAAACGCCAAGGUGGGCAGCGGGGCCAUCCAGGUGCUCACGUCUUUCCCCCGCGAGGUCCGCAAGCUGCCCGAGCCUGCUAAGUCCUGCCGGCAGAGGCAGCUGGAGGCAAGGAAAGCCGCUGCAGAGAAGAAGAAGCUGCAGAAGGAGAAGCUGAUGACGCCAGAGAAGAUCAAGCAGGAAGUGCUCGAGCUUCCCACACUCCAGCAAAACGCAGGUAUGGCAUUGAAAAGUGGGCUGCCCCCGCAGCCGCUGAAACCUUCCAUCAAGGUGGAGCCACAGAGCCAUUACAACGCCUUCAAGUACAACGGCAACGCGGUGGUGGAAAGCUAUUCGGUGCUGGGCAGCUGCCGGCCCUCCGACCCGUACAGCAUGAACAGUGUUUACUCUUACCAUUCCUACUAUGCACAGCCCAAUCUGCCUUCCGUGAACGGGUUUCACUCCAAGUUCGCGCUUCCCUCUUUUGGGUAUUACGGCUUUUCCAGCAACCAUGUGUUCCCCUCGCAGUUUCUGAAUUACGGGGCGCCCGAGAGGAGCGGGAGCAGCUGGGUGAGCAACGGCUACGAGAAGAAGCCUGAUGUCCCAAUGUUGCAGGAGAACCUCAACCACACCUAUGGGAACACCGAUUUCCCUGAGCCCAUCCCACACAGUGUCCGGAGCAAAAACCAUCACCAGCGCACCUACGAGCGGGCUAACCGCUACGCCAGCCAGCAGAAAGCGGCGGCAGUGGCGACAGCCGGGGUGCAUAGGACUAGCUCAGGCUCGGAGGAGGUGCCGCCGUUUGCACAGAACUGUUUUGGCAGCCGGCCCAUCAAGCAGGAGCCCCCAGACCCUCCGCCUGCCAUCGAGCCCCUUCCCAGCGUGGUGGCCAUGCCGAGCACCGGCUUAGCCCUGCCGGCUGUGCCAGUGUGCGGUGCGGGGCUGGAGCAGCAGUGGAACCCCUUCAAAGUGUCCCGGGGCACCUCUUCCCCUGAGAGGACUAGCACGGCGGAGGGCUCGUGGAGCAGCCUGGCGCCAGGCUCGGGUGGGCGGGAGAAGCUGAGCACCUUCGAUGUUGCAGCACGCUUGCCAGUACCAGAGAAGCAGUGGCCCAACGCCUUGGCAGGAGAGGCAGCAGCACGUGGCACGGGUUUGCUGCCGAAACCAUGGAGCCCCUGCAAGCUGGGGGAGGCGGCGCUGCCUGGCACGGGCACCCCGAGCCUGCUGGGGCCACUGGGGAUCAGCUCGGCCCUGCCGGGGUUGCCCAGCUUCCCGGAGGAGCCGUGGGGCCCGGUGAAGUCAGAGGAGAGGAGGACACCGGCGCCCAGCCCGGGGCUGCUGGAGAAGCCAUGGGAGGCAGCGGUGGGUGAGAAGGGAGCGGUGGGGCCUCGCCGGGAGAAGCUGUGGGACCCCUUCGGCCUGGAGGAGGAUUUGCCGGAGAAGGCGGUAAAGGAGGAGGAGGAAGAGGAGGAGGAAGAAGAAGAAGAGGAGGAAGAGUGGUCAGACAGCGAGCACAACUUCCUAGAUGAGAACAUCGGUGGGGUGGCUGUGGCACCCGCCCAUGGCUCCAUCCUCAUCGAGUGCGCCCGCCGCGAGCUCCAUGCCACCACCCCGCUGAAGAAGCCCAACCGCUGCCACCCCACCCGCAUCUCCCUGGUCUUCUACCAACACAAGAACUUGAACCAGCCCAACCACGGCCUGGCGCUGUGGGAGGCCAAGAUGAAGCAGUUGGCGGAGCGGGCUCGAGCCCGGCAAGAGGAGGCGGCACGCCUGGGUCUCCCACCGGACACCAAAGCCUUCGCCAAGAAACGCAAGUGGGGUGGCACCUUGGCAACCGAGGCGCCCAGCAAGGAGAGGAGGGACGCGGUCCCCACGCGACAGGCGGUGGCCAUCCCCACCAACUCUGCCAUCACUGUGUCCUCCUACGCCUACACCAAGGUGACGGGCCCCUACAGCCGCUGGAUCUGAGACAG